AUGUCGGGACUGAACGCAUCUCUCGGAUACUUCUUGGCUGCUGUCAUUUUUGCAGCCUUGGUCCGAACUCUCCUUAAAAAAUGGCCACGGUUUGGCUUCAUUUUGGAGUUUGCUUCCUCUUUCACGCUGGUGGCAUGUCGGCUGGAGGUGCAGACCAUUAUGGAUGUGGGCGAGUGGGCCGGGGGCUUAGGUCCUGAUGUGACUUUUACCAUACUGUUUGUGGUGCUGCUGACCCACGGUGUGGUCUGUGGUGAUGCGUCAGGGAAUCCCACCCUGGUUGUGCUGAAGUUCCUGCAGCUGGAGGCCACCACCCUGCCCACCCUCCUUGCUGUCGCAGCCCAGUUUCUUGGGGCCCAUCUGGCCAUUCUUGUAGCUGUAUACUACUGGAGUCUGGAGCUGACAGACAUGCACAUGAUCAAAAACCUGAUGUCUACAGAGUGCAGCACAUCUCUGCUGGUCUCUGUGCUUCACGGGUUCUUCACCGAGUGCUUAUGCACGCUCUUCUUUCAUCUAGUCCUUCUAAACCUGCGACACAGACCUGCUCUGAUCCGAGUGCCCCUAAUCGCUGUCCUCCUCACUUUCCUGUCCUAUACAGCCAGAGGCUACACCUCAGCCUACAUGAAUCCCACCUUGUCGUAUGGCCUCACCUUCCACUGUCCUGGAUUUACCUUCACAGAGUAUGCAGUGGUUUACUGGCUGGGCUCUCUCACAGGCAUGGCUCUGGCCCUCGUCUUGUACAUGGGACAUAUUCCAAGAAUCUUUGCCAAGAACCUAAUCUAUUCUCAGAAGACACGUUCUCGAGUGCCAAAGGGGGACAAAGGAGAAAAGAAAAUAUGAAACUACACUUUUUUUUUUUUUUAAAACAAC